AUGACUGUCCCGAACGCCUCUCCACGUGACGUGGUUGCCAGCCAGCCUCACACCACGCACGGCGUAGGCACCAAAGUCAUCCUGCCCAAUUCCGGCUCCAUUCACGACUUUCCCGUCGACAAGACCGACUUUCCCACCUUUCCCGAAGAGCGCGCCGGAUGGAAGGGCUAUGUGGAAUGGGAAAAGUAUCCCGAGAAGCGAGCCGAGUGCGAACGAAUUCUGGCUCAGUACAAGUUCCCAUCUCCUCCAGAAUUCCAAUUGCAGCCCUUGCCCAAGACCAAUCCCGUCCUGGAGGGCGUCCGCUGGAAACAAUACCAUUAUGCUUGUGGUCCCACGCUUCGAGACAUUCCAGAUAUCAGCUGGAAGUAUGUCCAGGAGGAAAAGAGUGCCGACAUGAUUCACGUUCUCCAGUUCCCGUACAAUGGUGAACCUCCUCGGAAGCGUCUCGUGGAGACGGAAAUCACCUCGAACCGUGAUUUCUUCGUCCGCAACCACGGAGGCAUUCCCGAGAUUGAAGAAGAUGCAUUCGAAUUGGACAUUGAAGGACUUGUCAAGAACCCGAUGAAGCUCACCCUAGCCGACCUCAAGAACGAAUCUCUCUUCCCCAAACGCUCGCAUGUCGUCAGCUUGCAAUGCUCCGGCACCCGACGUAUCGAACAAAUCAACCAAUACCCGGGCGACGGCGACGAACUCAUCAACGCACCGUGGGGCGAAGGCGCCAUAGGUAACGCACGCUGGGGAGGCGUCUAUCUCAAAGACGUCAUCGCCCACUGCGGCGGUCUCUCGGAUCCCUCUGCAGAAAACGACAUCCAUCUCGAAUUCUUCGGCGCAGACACGUAUUUCAAAAAGGGCAAAGUAUACAACUACGUCGUCUCGGUCCCCUACCGCAAAGUCAAAUUCGAAGAAGUCAUGCUCGCCUGGGAAAUGAAUGGCGUGCCCCUCCCGAAAAUCCACGGCUUUCCCUUGCGGACAGUCGUCUUUGGAUACAUUGGCGCACGAAGUUGCAAAUGGUUGUAUAAAAUCCGCGCCAUUCGUGGUCCCAGUCAGGCACCGGUGCAGAAAAAGGAAUAUUUGUAUUAUACUCCUCAACUCGGAAAACAGAAUGUGCAAUAUUCGAAUGGUUUCUCCAUUCAGGAUAUGCCCGUCUCCAGCGCCAUCAUGACACCUGUGGACAUGGAUCAGAUUAUACAUGAUGGGACCAUCAAACUCACCGGGUGGGCGUAUUCGGGUGGUACGGGGGGUCAUUGGCCACAGAGAGUGGAGGUGAGUGCUGAUGGGGGAAGUGUGUGGUAUGAGGUACCAUUUGAGAAUCUGAGCAAAAAAUACUAUUACGGCUGGAGAACGUGGCACAUUGAAAUGCCCGUCGACGCCGAAGGUUGGCUCGAAUUCUGCUGUCGGACAUGGGAUAAUGCAAACAAUACCCAACCGACUUAUGUCCGAAGUGCAUGGAACUUCGAUUUACACGUGACAUCUUCCUGUCAUCGCGUCAAAAUCUACUCCAUCAAUCGCUCUCACCCCGCAACUGCAAGGCGUUUACAACAAUUAGAAGAGGUCGGGGCGUCGAUUCUGCCUAUUACGCAGCCUUUGCCGUUUGAUCUGGAGACGGAUGAGCAUUAUGAAGCAGAGAUGGAGGCGAGAGAUGGGAGAGAUCCGCGGGAGUGAUGGGGUCAAAAUCUUUCUGAUUUUUUUUAUACCUGACCUGACCUGACCUGAUCUGACCUGACCGACCUGACCUUGCCUUACCUUAGCACACAUCAAGUUUUAGUUUCUCAUGAUGAUAAUGAUGUUUAUACGACGAUAUAUGAUACGUUUUUCUUGGGCUGGUCGAUCGGUCGCGCUGGUGGGGCUAAGGGUUAGUAUUCUUUACUACUCAUGAUGAGUACAUCAAGGCAUGCUGUUCAUGAGCUUGUAGUAGAUGGACAUGUCACGAGGCCAUCAUGUCAUCAGUGGAGGGAAUUGUGAACGUUAUGUGUUCGAACGUGUCAACUUGAUAGUGCAAAACUCAAGUUCCCGUAAUGAAGAAGCUCAAUAGACUGCCAGCAGUCAGUCCGCCCACCAGACACAGUCCCAUAAAGCCGCCCGCAGCUUCGCGUUCUUCUUCUGCCACCCACUCUCCAGCACCAAUCAUACAAGUGCUUCCCAGAUAGCCAUUGGACAGUCCAAACAGGAGCUGUACAACGACCAGAUAGAAGAAAUCACUCGAUAUGAUAGCGCCUUGGCCACGGAUAUUGCACAGGUGGUAUAGUCCAACAAAGGCCAAUCGAGAACAUGCGAAAAUGAAGACGACUCUGGGCCAGCGAACGAGGGACAAAGCGGGCACCGCUGUGAUCAACCUCCCUGCCAAAUCGCCAGAGUUCCAGAAGAGAAGUGCUAGAGGGAUGAAGCUUGCUGGCUGUAGAAUAGGAGGCUGCUCGGAGGGUGGCCGGACAGAUACAAUGCGCUGCGUGAAGACGGGGUACACCAUGGUGAUGGCAAAGGUGACAAAGACACCUGCCGCCAGCCAGAUGAGUUUCUUCAGCAGAUACAGUAGAGGUAUCGACUUCCUCUCGGCAGGUUCAUCGGCCAUAUCGUGCGUCGGCAGCUGCCUCUUUGCUGAUGGCCUAUUAUCCCUCGCAGCCAGCACCGAGAAUGCCAACAACGUCACCACACUAAUGACCGUAGCCGUCACAAAGUAUGCCAGCGCCGCCUUCCAAUUCACCGGUGGCGGUCCAUGUCCACCUUGCUCACUCUCCCCCUCCUUUGGCCUCACGCUCAACACCGACACAAUCUGCGCAAUACAAGGCAGCACGCCCGCGAUAGCCUGCCCCGUCAUAAUGCCCUGCGUGAACUUGGGCUCUCCAUAGCCCGACACAAACGCAAACACUCCAUUCUGACAGAACCCGGUCGCGAGCGAUGUGAAGAAGAUGACGGCCAUCAGAAAAGCAAAAUAGACCCCCGCACUCGUCUCGAUUGCUGUGCUGACCGCCAGUAACGAGAAGACCACCAUGUUAAUCCCCAGACCUAGUACGAUUCUUUUGGCAUAAUUCGCCCCGCUUUGUAGUCGUGUGAGGAUCAGCAUGGCGCCCAGGUUUGUGAUGGUGGAGACGGAGAUUUCGGCGGCUUGGAAGUUGGCGAAGAUCCAGUCGUUGUCGCGGAAGCGGUGUUGGAAGUAUGGGCCGGCGGCAAGGAACAUAUUCCAGGCCCAGAGCAUGGAGAUGCCCAGGAGGAGGAAGAUGGAGUAUUCGACGUAGAAGCCAUUAUGAUGGUGGUGGUGGUCAGUGGGUUUUGGUUGUAGCGCAGAGGUGCUGUUGACGAUGUCGGCCUCAUCCUCCUCCUCUUCCCCAUCUCCGCCGCUGUUGCUGGGUACGGGUUGGUAGGGCUGUUGGUGUUGGCCCUGCCACACCUUGCGCAGGCGAUCCAUGAUACUGCUGGGCGUGAG